AACUUUUCAGCCAAAAAACCUGAAACACGUGGUGGCUCCGGGAUUCCAGGCUUUUCAAUGAAAAGUUUCAAUUUUCAGCAGGAAAAACUUUCCAGCCAGCUGAAACCAGGACAAGGUCCCGCUGGGAAGGCUGGGUUCCCCCUUCGCACCCCCCGGGAUGAGUAGAGGGCAUGGCCCAGAACAAUCCCAAGUAUUCCCUCUCCAGCGCCCCGCCCCGGCUCUUUUCCUUGUCCCAUCUUCCCCUCUGCCUCCUGCCCCGUCCCGCUCCCUGCUGCUUCCCCCAGACGCUCUGCGCGUUCGGCAGGAUCGGCCCUGGCUGUUCUCCCCUCCGGCCAAGAUGCUGCGGCUGCUGUGGUGUCCCGUGCUGCUGGGGUGGGUCACUGCGGGACCAGACACGGCCCCUCAGGCGAGCGACGGCCCCCAGCUCUGGGCCCGGGCCGGCCAGGACAUCACGCUGGUGUGCAGGGCCCGAGCGCCCCCAAAAGCCGACCUGCGUCACCUGCGCGUUCACUGGCACCUCCUGCGGGAGCCGGCGGGGGGCUCCGUGGUGCACAGCUACCACACGGGGGCCGACCAGCUGGGAGACCAGGCCGAGGAGUUCAGGGGCCGGACGCGGCUCCUCCUACAGGGGAUCCGCCAGGGGGUGGUGGCCCUGAGCCUGACCGGUGUGCGGCCCUCGGACAGCGGCACGUACCGGUGCUUCAUCAUGGACAGCCAGGCUGACAGCAUCAUGGACAUCGUCCUCCACGUGGCAGCCCCGUACGAGCCCCCGCAGCUCGCCGUGCUCUCCCGGGCUGGGGGACGGCUGGCCCUGCAGUGCCGCUCCGUGGGGGGUUACCCCCAGCCCGAGAUAACGUGGCACGAUGGGAACGGGACCCGGCUGAGCCAGGACGAGCCGGUGGAGCUGCAGCGGAGCAGACAGGGGGCCUUCGAGGUGUGGAGCAGCCUGUCGCUGACGCCCCGCCCCGGGGGGUCCGUCUGCUGCGCCCUGAGCCACCGGCCCCUGCAGCAGAACAUGAGCGUCUGCAAGACCCUCCCAGCCUCGGAGGAAGGGAGCCGACCCGAGGAGCCGUACGUCAUCCUGGGGCUAACCCUUGGAUCCUGUGCAGUACUUUAAGUACAACAUUUUGGUGGAGAAUGCGAAAGGGGGAGCAAGCAUAGAAUCCACAGUUAUUAUAAAACUGGUGUGCACACCGCCAGCUUUACCAAGCCUGGCACUAUAGGAAAAAGAGCGUAAACUUUCAGUUAAUUAACCAAACUCUGAAGGAUAUAGGAGUUUAGGUUUAAAUUGUGUUGUAGAGGUACAUACACCCUCAGCCGUAGAAAGACUGAGCUAAAGAGGAGAACUUAGUGUUUCUCACUCUGAUCCGGGGAAGGAUUUGUAUAAUUGGUGUAUGAACCCUCGGUGGUAGCAGACCGAGUAAUACAGAGGGAGGCUUAGCGGCUCUCCCUCUGGGCCAGAGUAGGUUAAAAACAUAAGAUGCAGAUCUUGUUCUGUUAAACCAAACUCUGAAAAAUAUAGGCGUUUGGGCAGUGUAGUGUAGUUUAUGUUUGUUUGUUUCGGUUUUUUUGAAAGUAAUAUUGUGGUAAUUUCACAAUUUUGAAAAAAAUGUUUAAGAAACAAAACCAGGAAGGGUGGGGGCUAGUUGGAAAGCCCACCCUCCUUGCUAAAUUGGUAGUGGAACAAGGCUUGUGCCCAUGAAAAGAAACUGUCUAUUAAAAAAAGCAGGAUCGGGCCCAGACAAGCAAUAAAUAAACUAAAAAACAGGUUGGGUACAGAGAGUUAAAACAGCACUCUCAAAUCUUACAGCAGCAGUAACAUCAGAAGAAAAAACAUUCAAGACCCCAAAAGGGGGCAAACCUUUGGGACCCCUCUGGAGAUUGGAAAGGGGGUUAUUUGGGAUAUUUGGGUAAAUUCCUCCUCCCAGGGCCAAAAUGCCGUUGAAACAGUGCCUG